AUGGGGAAUCACACCAGAGAGCCGAAAGCCGAAGAAGCCAUCGGAAUUUCGUCAAGUCUGGAUAUACUGGCCCGUGAUAUGAAGGAACUGGUCAAAAAGAUACAAAACCUGAGUCAUCUUGGCAUAGAGGACAAUCAGAUUGCCCUGCCCAAGAUUUGUGUUGUUGGUGACCAGAGCACUGGCAAAAGCUCCCUUAUUGAAGGAAUUUCUGAAAUAAAAGUGCCUCGAAGUGCUGGGACCUGCACUAGAUGUCCUAUGGAGAUAAAUCUCUGUGAGACUGAACCGGACCAGAAUUGGGCAUGCUCAAUUUAUCUGUCCAACAAAUACACCCAUGAUCCGCAGAAGAAAUCUCGUAAGCUUUCAAAGUUGCCGGACUGUCUUGGUCCUUGGGUUUCCUAUGGUGGGCGGGAUGAAUUCCCCUUCAUAACCCUCACAGACAAAGAAUUAGUUCAAAAUGCGAUCUAUUGGGCCCAGCUGGCGAUUCUCAAUCCAAGUGCAAACCAUAAUGAUUAUAUCCCGGGUAAGAACGCCGAAACCUCGACCGAUAUUGAGGUUUUGUUCUCGCCAAAUAUUGUCCGUCUGGAUAUUUCUGGCCCUCAUUUCCCCACACUGUCGUUUUACGACCUCCCUGGUGUUAUCAGCCAGGCUGAACACGAUAAAGACGCCUAUUUGGUACACCUUGUUGAGAAGAUGGUUAGGCAGCAUAUUUCACAGGCAAAUUGCAUAAUUUUGCUCACUCUGACAAUGACUGAUGAUGCUACCAAUUCGAGCGCGGCUCGAAUCAUUCGCAGUAUAAAAGCUGCCAAAGACCGAACGCUUGGGGUUUUGACAAAGCCUGAUCGUCUUCCACUUGACCUUGACCAUACCCAGUGGGUUGAAAUGCUCAAUGGGAGCAAGUUCCAGCUGGGCCAUGGGUACUUCGUGGUGAAGAACAACCCCGACACCAACGUCGACCACGCCGAGGCGAGGAAGGAUGAAGAGACAUUUUUCGACAGCCCAUUCUGGUCGCAAGAGCUGGGCGAGUUCCAGGACCGCUUCGGGGUGCAAAAUUUGCAGUCCGCAUUGUCCUCGAUUUUGUUAACUCAGAUCCAAAACUGUCUUCCUUCUGUCAUCAAACAGAUUGAUGACAAAGCAAACAGAAUCGACAUCGAGUUGCGUACUCUUCCAGCUCCCCCCGCUGAUAAUCUACAGUGUAUUCUUUUGGAAAAGGUCAUCACGCUCAGACUGAGAUUAAAUACUCUAUUUAACGGAGGGCUUCGGAGUAACCAGUUGCAACGUGAAUGGAGCAAUAUCAAUACAGACUUCAAGAAAGCCCUUGAGAUCACCAGACCUAGGCUUUUAACACUUGCCCAAUCCGAUGAGCACACUCUUGCCGAGAAGUAUGAUUCCGAUUGUGAGGUCGUGUCUGGCCCCGCCCCGAGACGAUUGAAGCGCAAAGCACGUGAUAUGGAAUCAAAGCCUGUAGAAGGAUCGGGAAUCAAGACGGGAUUUGAAAAAGGGGAAAUGUACAUCACUGGAAAUUUUCAUGCUUGGAAGUCGUCGGCCGAAAAAUUCUCUUUGGAGGACGUCCGGCUGAUAAAGCAAGAGUCUAGUCAUGCUGGCAUCCCCAAUCAGAUCGACCCAAGUGCUAUCCGCCAGCUUAACUCCAAGAGUAUUAAGCAUUGGAUCAAGUUGCUUGAAGCUUACACCUUUGCAGUUCAUGGAGUAGUCUUGAAAGCGCUGAUGACAACACUUGAUGAUGUCAUUGCCACUCAAUACCGCCAGACAGGGCUAUACCGUGAACUGCAAAAGGUUUUUAGCACCUUCUCCCAGGAUAUGAGAGCUGAUUCGGUCAGACAUGCCGUUAACUACUUCAAUGUCGAAUAUGACAGACCGUUUACGCUAGCCCAAAACCAGCACAAGACACAAAAGGUCUUGAUUUUGGGCGAGUUGGAAUCAGCCCGGCAUCUGACUCGCGCAAAAUGCUUCCUGCGACAUAGGCAGUACUUGGAAGAUAACGUUUCCAAGGUUGAGCAGGCUGAUCUGGGCCCCGAUGACUAUACAGAGGAGCUGGAAAUGAUGGCCAGCUCGCGCGCAUAUUACAACAUUGCCAGUAGUCGGUUCCUCGACGUUAUCUGCCUGUUGGUUGAGUCGAAGAUUCGAUCAAAGUGUCAAAAUGAUCUUGUAAUAACGAUGAAUAAUGAGCUCAGGGCCGACUCGCAAGACCGGUGCGUUGAGCUCAUGGCCGAAGACCCGGAGAGACAGUCUCGUCGACUCCAAUUAAUGAAGGAGCGUGCCAAGCUUACUCAGGCCCAAACAUGGAUUACCUCAGUUCAUCCCAAUGAGAAUUCUGAAACGGGAGAAGAGCAAACCAUCGGGGAAGAACAAGAAUGGACCGAGUACUUUGCCUGA